CGGAAGCAAGAGUGGUGUGGGUGAUGAGAAGCGGCAUUUUCCACUUUCAGGGUAACAUGGUCUUUCAGUAAAACAGCAGCGCCAGCAUCAUUCUGUGCAAAACAAACACGAGCUACGUUGAUUUUUAAUUGUUUUUGUAAUAAAAGCCAUUGGAGUCGCUGUACAUAACCUACAGUGGAUUGCCGGCUUCCCUGCGCUUGUCCGAGUGCCAAACUUCAGUUGUUAUAUAGAUAAAACCAUGCAUCCGCAUUCCUGCGCCUUUUGUACAGCCCUGUGCGUUCCUGGCAGUAUUGCUGAAGCUCGAAAACUACAAGAGUACUCAUCCUCCGCCCUGUCUCAGAGCUGGGUUUCGAUCCUCCCUCGGUUUUUAAAUGGCCCGGGACUCCGUGCGUCGAGCCAGUUGCCGGCAAAGCAUGGAUGUACACAGGGCUGAGGCAGAGGGUGAGGGAAUCGCGGCUGUCAGGGUGGCACCCAGCCAGCCCUGGGGACGGGGCAGGCCGGUGGCCGCCCUCAUAGCCCAAAAUCUACUGGUGGUGCUGUGCCUGUGCAUCAGCUUCCACAGCUGGAUCACGGUCCAGUCUCUGGAUCUAAGAAGAGAAUAUAAGGAAUCAGGUAUAUAUCUGAGGUGGAUCCGAGACGGGAAGUUCAACAUUUUCUGGAAGCAGAACAUCGAACUGUGGCAGAAUACCAUCACCUUCCCAUGCAGCGGCCCCUAUAUGGUCUACCUGUCCUUCAGCAUGGGCAGAAACAGCAAGGAUGACAACAACACGCUGCGCCUGCUGCACAAGGGUGCCGACAUCAUGACCUUCCACAUCAAGCCUUCGGACUCCUGUGACUCCUCCUGCCAGAAUAAGGAGUACAGGGUUCAUGUCUUCAGUAAGAACGACACCAUCUCACUAAACUUCACUGAUCCCCGGCCGAAAUUGAACCUGAAAAGUUUACACGUGAAUAUCUACUACAUGCUGGGUCAACAGUGUUUUGAAUAAUCAGUGUUCUCACCAUGGGGCCCUCACCGUGGGGCCCUCCAUCCACUGGGGCCCUCUGUCUGUAUGAUGUAACGAAACAGAGCACCUCUUUCGUCCGUGCUUUGUUCCUGUCACUUUUAAGAAAUAAAUCAGGGAUUACUUCUCAUGUUAAGUUCAUCAUACAUACCGCACAGCAGCCUACAUCUUUGUGUUCUCAGAAAACAGAAUAUUUAUUAUUAUUAAUAUUAAUAUUGUUUUUUGUUGUUUCUAUUUUUCGUGGUCUUGUGCCGAAACAAGGAUAGUCGAUUUCGACAUCGCCGAAUGUAUGUGUCACAGAUAGUGAUCUCGUGUUUCGCUUUCACUGUGUUGUUGUCCCAGACGAAAGCCGGCAUUUUCUGAUGUCGCUUCAGGGAUUCAAUGCACUUUAGUGGCAGAGAGAGAGAGACCUUCAGAGAGGGAAAGGUUACAAGAGAUGGUGGACUUCCCCAUAGCUCAGUAGGUGGGCGAUGUGGGGGAUUCUGGAAGAUGCCCGCCUUUUAUAUAUAUAUAAAAUUAUAUAUAUAUACCUGGUUCACCUUAUUUUUUUCUGGAAUGUUCCAUUUUACAUAAGACAGUGGUCACCAAUGUGUUACUCAUGGUUUGUGAACCGGUUUGCCGUUGACUGUGGGUUUUUGAGACUUGUGGCUUUGUAGGACAAACUACAAAUGAACUCGCCGCUCACAUGGACCCGUUUUGGCACCCUAAUGUCAUCCUGGGCUUACAGGCAGGACAGACAAUCCCCCCCAUCUGCGCUCAUGACCCUAGUAGCUUAGACCACCCUUAUGAUCAUAGACAAUCCCCGGAAAUCAUGAUUGUAAAAUUGAAUUGUGGCACUGAUAAGUACUACCUGUGUACGUGCUUGAUGUGGGCAGACAUGGAAGUGAUGCCGCUCUUAUGAAAAAACUCCCGACAAAAUGUCUGUAAAGAUGUGUGCUGACUCAGAAUGUUUUUAUGUUAUUUUUUAUU